GCCGGAUGACGUAGUUGCGAACUUGAGGCAGGCGGCCCGUCGACAGCACACAAACGAUAACCAACACGUGCUCUUUUACAGUGCUUCGCUUUUUUCGCAGACGAACCAAAACCGGACUAAACUUAUGAAGCCCAACAUGGAUUUAGUGGAGGAUCACCAUGUGGUGCUGCCUGAACAGGUCGAAGACGUUUUGAAAGAUAGUUUCCUGGAAGCCGAUACGGAAGGAAGAGGCUACAUUGAUUGUCAAAAUGUUAUAUCCGUGGUGAGGAGAGCUCUCGGCAUUUCGCUCAACAACCAUGAAAGGGAAAAAAUCUUAAAGAAGGCUGAAAUACUCGCUGGCAGAGGGCAGUUGAGUGUGAAUGCUUUCAUAACAGUUAUGGCUGAUACACUAACAGAAACUACCCAAUGGGGCAAUCUAAAAACAGAUGUGGCAGGUUAUGUUGGUAUCGAUACAUUGCAAGAACAAAUUCGUAAAAAAGUUCUAAAAAAGGGCUUUGAAUUCAAUAUCAUUGUAGUAGGUAGAAGUGGUCUUGGUAAAUCCACACUUAUAAACACAUUAUUUAAAGCUAGUGUAAGUAGAAGAACUUGCGUGAAGGAUGAAGCAGAUGAAAAUGGCAUUUAUAAAAUUCCUAAAACAACGGAAGUAAAAUCUGUCAGUCAUGUGCUUGAAGAGAAAGGUGUUCGGCUGCGGUUGACAGUCACUGAUACUCCGGGAUUUGGUGAUCAUAUCAAUAAUGAAAACUGUUGGUUGCCAAUAUUAGAUUAUAUCAAUCAACAGUAUGAAAAAUACCUCAGUGAAGAACAAAGUGUUGCCAGAAAAAAGUAUAUACCUGAUACCAGAGUUCAUUGCUGCUUGUAUUUCAUUCCUCCUACUGGUCACUCUUUGACUCCACUUGAUGUAGAGUUCAUGAAGAAGUUAGACAAAAUUGUAAAUAUAGUUCCUGUUAUUGCCAAGGCAGAUACUCUGACUGUAGAGGAGAGGAUAUCAUUUAAACAAAGAAUCAAACAGGAUUUAGAAAAGAAUGGUAUUAAUAUUUAUCCUAUUAAUGAUUUGGAAGAAGAACCAGAAGAUGUUGUAGCUAAUAAUAAAAUUAGGGAAAUGAUCCCAUUUGCUGUUGUGGGUAGCAAUGUGCAGCAUCAGAUUAAUGGACGCACAAUUUAUGGUAGAAAGACCCAAUGGGGUACAGUAGAAGUAGAGAACAGAGCACAUUGCGAAUUUCCUGAUCUCAGAGACAUGCUCAUUAGGACUCAUAUGCAAGAUUUGGUUGAUGUUACAAGGCUAGUACACUAUGAAAAUUUCAGACAUCAGAAGUUGCGUUCUCAGGAUCAUCGUCAUCUAAAUGGUGGACUGAAUGGCCAAGUUGUGGACAUAGAAAAUCUGAAUGAAAGUAGCUUAUAACUUGUGUUUUGUAAACUACUUAUAUUGGGUAUUUCUCUCAUGUUUAAUGAUAGUCAUUCUGAACAAUAGAUUUCCUAUCUUUUCCCGCUAUCUCAAGAAUGUGUACAUUGACUAUAUCUUCAUGCACCUGCAUAAACUUACUUGUAUAUAAGUCAUUAACUUUCAAAAAAUUGAUUGCAUACUUCCUAACAGUAUUUUAAAACUUUUGUGUGUGUUCUGAUCUUCCGCUGUCCUCUUACUAUCAAACAACACUAUUUGCAAUGUUUAAAGUAUUUAGGAUAGUGUUGUUUAAUAUUAAGCAGGUGUAACAAUAAUUAAUAAUCAUUCUUACAGUAGUUAGAUUGCUUGAAAUAAAGCAGUCGCCUCUGUUCACGUGACUUAUUAUUGAAUCAAAAGAUUUGAAAGUAAUAUUUUUAGAUAGUGAAGCAGUACAUAAAAACACUGCCAAAUCAUAAUAGACAUUAUUUAUCACUCAGUAAAAUUCUCAUAAAAAGAAACAUUGUCAUAUUUUUAUUCUUGUAAUAGAUGCAUUUUGAGUGAGAAGUCUCUUUUAUAAUAAGAUACAUUUACUCAUUCACUAAAUGAUAUCUUCAGUACUUAAAAUAUAAAUUGGAUAUUACUAGGAAAGUGCCUAUCUAUACAAACGAGAAUGUGCAUUUAUUUUUAGAAUCCUGUCAGACACAUUUAAGUGUUUGUAAAAUGACGAAAUAUUUAACUUUUUAUGCUUUGUGUUAUCACUUUGAAGUUUUGUGUAUUUACUUGUAGCUUGACAUAUUGUAUGUGAUAUGAACUUUUUAAUGCAUUUUUUUUUUAUUUCUUAGUGCCAUUUAUUAUUUUUGCAAUUUUAUUUAAGCUACAUUCCUUUGAUGAAUCUCAUUGCAUUUUUAUUAAUUUUUUAUACUGAUUUCCUACCUAAAGUAUGAAUUGUCUGUAAGUAUCCAAAAAGAUGUUUAUUGUAUUUAAAUAACUUCAGAUUGUUUUACAUUAAAUUUUUUUUUAAGCGAUUUUUUCCCCCUUUCCUGUUGAUGUAUAUUAAGCAUUUUUAUCAUAUUAAUUUUCUAACUUUUAAUUGCAGGUUUGCAAAAAUUUAAGGAUAAAAUGUACAAAAUGAAUUGCUUGUUUAAUGGGGCCUUUGAUUUUUUUAGAUCAAAUCUUUGUGCCUGUUUGUUUUCAAAUUUUUAAUUGUAUUUCUUCUAUUGAUACAUUUUUAGCCUUGAUAAUUUGUAAAACAGGAGUGUUGAUAUAUUUUUGAAAACUUAGUAAAAAGCUAGAAAUAUGGCUAUUACAUAUCUCUUAAUACAUGUAUACAGAAUAUUUUAUUUUUUUGAAUUGGAUCUAUAUAACUCUAAACUUAAAUUUUUAUUCUUUGAACUGUUAAAAGUAAAAAUUUUAAAUUAACGUUAAGGAUUGAUG